AUGGUUGUUCCACGCAGUAUAGCUUCAAGCAAUGAAGGCAAAAAGAAAGGAACGAAACGCAAUUUCGUUAUGAUUUGUUUGGCUUAUGUUUGUUCAUAUACUUCAUUGAAUGCAGUUAUUAGUUUACAAUCAAGUAUCAACACUGAUGCCAACGUUGGCCUCUACUCAUUGGCAAUUCUGUAUGGUAGUUCGUUAAUCACAUCACUGUUCUUUACUACUCCGAUUGGAUACAUUUUCGGAUACAAAUGGUCGAUUGUUGGUGGACAACUUGGUGCGAUGGUAUACGUAGCAUCGAAUAUGUAUCCACAACAGUGGCUGAUGUUUUCCACUGCUGUGAUAUGUGGCGUAUUUCGUGCUUGUAUGUUUAUGGCUCAGGAGGCUUAUGUUUCUGUUCUCGCUGGUGGUGAAGAUGAAAAUGAUAACGAUGAGAAAAAAAAUCGAAAAUAUUUCAGUAUUUUCUUUUCCGCAUAUCAAUCAGCGGAAAUCUGGGGCAACCUCAUUUCUUAUUUGGUCUUACGAAAGAAUCCAGCUACAGUGGAAACCGAUUUGGAACAGUGUGGAGCAAAUUUCUUGGAAGAAGAACAAGAAGCACAGCUGGAAAGCGGUCAAAUUUCUCCAAUCACAACAUACAUUCUCUUCAGUAUAUUCGCUGGAGUGAUCAUGGUAUCCGUGUUGUUGGUGAUCAUUUUGCUCAGUCAGAAACGCGAGACUAAAAAGGAUGAUUCGAAAGGUAUAUGGCAUCAAUCAGUCGAAUUUUCCUUCACGACUUUAAAGACAUUGUUUAAACCUAUGCAUUUGAUCAUAUUUCCAUUGGGAUAUUGGACAGAAUCUGCACAAAUGUUCUUCAUGAGAUCGUUUACCAACAGUUUCAUUACCUGUUCAAUUGGAAUUCAAUAUGUUGGUGUGUAUAUAAUUCGACUAAAACAAGAAAAACAAAGUUUAAUUGAUUCUGUUCUUGCGUUUUCAGGAUUGAUUAUGACAAUGUAUGGUGUGACUGUCACUCUGUCUUCGAUAGUUAUCGUGUUUUUAGUCAAACGAAAAUACAGUCGUCCGAUAUGUUUCAUACUCGCAGCAUUGUUGAGUUACUCAGUAUUUAUUGUCAUGUUGAUAUGGAAACCAACAUCGCCACAGACGUAUGUGUUAUUCAUUCUUCCAUGUUUAUCAAGUAUUUCAACUGGUAUUACCGAACCUUUUAUCACAGCUAUGUAUAAUUCGGUAUUUCCGGGCAAGAAAGAUACAGCUUUCUCGUUGUUGACCUUCGCUCAAACUGCAAGUUGUCUGAUUCUCUUAUUGAUCCAAACUUCACCAAUAGUUUAUGUAUCGUCUGCAAACAAUAGAAAUGGCUCGUGGUGUCUUGGUAUGCUCAGUUUAAGUUCAUCAGGUCGGCUAACCACAAUAUCAUCCACUGGAAGUGGUGCGAUCUCGAUCAACGGAUCUGUGCUAAUGCCAACUAUGUGGACAUAUACUAUAAUAACUUAUAGUAUUGGAAAUGGGCUUCGUCUGCAUACGAAUGCUACUAGAUGUAAUUGUACAACUGGUCAAUUCUUUGGUGUAUUGGAUGAAUUUCGCCUCUAUUCAAGAGAACUGACGACUCCUGACAUAUUAUCUUUGUUUAAUAAUCAAAUUUUCAUUUUAAAGAUUGCUUGCCUUUCUGAUCCAUGUCCUACAUUUUUAUCUUUUACACCUUGA